CCCCUCCCGGCUGCCAUGACAACGAGUCCGCGCCUCGCGCACAGCUGCUGCUCCGGCGGGACCCAGGCUGGACCGCGGGCCCCGGCCUGGGGGCCACAGCUGCCACCGCCGCCGCCACCUCGUCUCCUCCCCGUCCCCGCCCCGCCCCGCGUCUCCUCACCUCCCUCGGGCCCGCGGCCGGGGUCCCUCCCCGCCGCCCCACCUCGCGCGGAUGCCGAAGGUGAAGGCGCUGCAAUGCGCCCUGGCGCUGGAGAUCCGCUCUGUAACUUGCCCAGGAGUGGUGCUGAAAGACAAGGAGGACAUCUAUCUUAGCAUCUGUGUGUUCGGCCAGUACAAAAAGACACAAUGUGUCCCAGCCAACUUCCCACUGGUCUUCAAUGCCAGAAUGGUGUUUGAAAAGGUGUUCCCUGAAGCAGUAGAUCCUGGAGAUGUGGUUGCACAGCUUGAAUAUGAUACAGCAUUGUUUGAGUUGAUUCAGCUUGUUCCACCAGUGGGUGAAACACUGUCGACCUAUGAUGAGAACACACGAGAUUUCAUGUUCCCGGGUCCAAAUCAAAUUUCUGGACACCACGAUUCAAACCGCCAGGUUACCAUGAGGAGGAUUUCUGGCCUUCGAGGAAUUGCUCCAAAGCUUGAAUUUUCUACAACCUCGGUGAUUACCGAAUGUCUGAUAAGUUCAAGGAAGUGCCGCACUCAGGAUAAAUUUACUUACCAUACGGCUCCAGUAGAGAAAUCACACAGCAGACUGCAAAGCAGAACAUCGAGACCCCCGAAGAAAAAAUCCAAGUCACCCGAGAGAAGUAAAUAUUGCAUAAAUGCAAAAAACUACGAACAGCCUACAAUUUCUUCAAAAUCACACUCUCCAUCUCCUUACACGAAAAGACGCAUGUGUGAGCUGUCUGAAGACACCAGGCGGCGGCUGGCCCAUUUAAAUCUUGGACCCUAUGAAUUCAAAAAAGAAACAGAUAAGCCUCCGUUUGUGAUUAGACAUGUUGAUCCCCCAAGUCCUAGGACUGAUGCUUUAUUUGGAUCUUCUGGCAGAGACUGUGAAAGAGAUGGAUGGUCCAGGAUGCACAAUGAUCAUUCUCAUCUUGGGUGCUACCGACCCAAGGAUUAUAAGGUUAUCAGAACACCUCAUGGGAGAGACUUCGACGACUCUUUGGAAAGGUGUGAUGACUAUUUGAGCUCCAGGUCAUGCAGCAAGCCCCAGCAUUCGGCCAGGACCCUACUCGUUCAUUCAGCACCCUCGACAAUGCCGAAGCACUCUCCAAGCCCUGUGUUAAAUCGCGCUUCUCUCAGGGAAAGAUUCCAUUCUGAUUGGUGUUCACCUUCAAACUGCGAUGAGAUCCAUGACCGGGAUGAGAGAGACCCAGAGAAAGAAGAUGAACCGGAACUGAAAAGAGGUCUUUUAUAUAGAGACUCUGCCUAUGACAGCGACCCAGAGUAUAGCUCAUUUCAGCGGCCUCGUGGCACUGGCCCUUUGGAUGAUGGCGAAUACUGGUCCAACAGGGCAGCCUCUUACAAAGGCAAAUCUCACCGACCCAUCUUUGAGAACAGCAUGGAUAAGAUGUACAGGAACUUAUACAAAAAGGCCUGUGGUUCUGUGUCUCACACACAGGAAAGCUUCUGAGACCCGCCACGGUAAAUUGUAUGAGUGUCCUUGUCAACUUCUCAAUGAAAACAUUUGAUGUCAUCAAUAUCUGUAUUCCUUUUUUUAAAAAAAAAAAACAGGCGGUUCUAAUUGAGUGCAGUAGUUAGACCUGAGUAAGUGUAUUACUUCAAAGGAUAAAUGAUCAUGGGCAAGCUUUCUUUUUCAGUCACAGAAAAGAGAGCAAUAUGCUAAAAGUCACAGCUCUGCGGCACAAUCACAGCCCCUAUGCCGAUAUGAGAGGACACUCUGUCACAUCUCUCUCAUAUCACUAGCUGCCAAGUCCAAGGACAGGCGCUCUCUAGGAAUCUUCUGCCUUAAUCACCUUGUAAUUUUAUUUUCAUCUCCUUGACUGUUUAUCUUAUCUAGGAUUUGAUGAUUAUUAUUAAUAUUAUUAUUAACUCCCCUUUCUUGGUCAUGAGCCAAAAUAUAUAGUGUACAAAGAUGAAUUUCCCACUUUUUCCUCCCUCGGAAAAGGCUAUUGAUAUGUCUUAGUUCAUAAGAUAUAGCUUUCUUUUUAAAGUUUCUAUAAUCAUUCACUCCCUCUUCUCUAAAAAGAACUAUACCUAAGUUACCUAAAAGCCUAAUGGCUAGAAAUAGCAGUGGCCUUGUGUGACCCAAAAUGUGAAUUGCUGAUUUUUAAAAUAGAAUUAUUUGCAUGAUUUUCUUCUAGAGCCAUAUCUUUUGGUGCAACCAGAAUCAGAAAAUAGCCUUUGUUAAUAAGUAUAUAGAAACUCAGAAAGAAUAAGAGACUUACAUUGUAAUUUAAUCUCUUUAGAGUUUUCAUAGGUAUCAAAUCGCCUAAGAAAGUAGCAUCCUUACUUUAAAGGACGCUUGGAACCAUAAAAGGGAGUAAAAUAUUAGAGUGUAACUCUUUGUGCUGGAAAGAUCUGUUGGUUGAUAAAAUUAGCUUCUCUCCUACCCCCUGAACACACCUGUGAGGCCAGUGAUGGUUUUGAAGAGAUGAAGAAAUAAAUUACCUCAUAUUUCCCAGAGAGUGAGUAGAGGAAAAGCAGAGACUAGGAGAUGGUAAACUUGGCUUAUCAAGAGUUGACUACAAGGUAAGGUUUUCUUAGGAAUUCCAUCUUUGGUUAGUUUUAUAGGGAUGAUUUUAAAAGGAAAAAUUUGAAUUGAACUCUUUACAUUGAAGUUAACAUAUAAAACCGAGUGAUUUAUUUUUGUAGUAGGAGAAAAUAUAUACUUCUUGUUAUCUAAUAAUACGACUUUUUAAGACUUUUUAACGUCAUGGUAAGAGUGUUUUAUCUGCCGCGACCUGCGAUGUAUUGCUACAUUAGAAAGCACAUCAAAGAUAGGGGUCAGGUGUCCUAGGCUUUACUCUCUGGUCCUUCGUUCCCUCGGCUGUCAGUGAAGAGGAAGGAGUAGUUCAGCAUUUCCUGAAUCGUACUCUGUAGACCUCUGUUCUUAGCGAUGCCUUUAAGAAUAUAGAUAUAAGUAUUUCACUGGUCAUGUAGGUUUGGGAAAAGUCUAUGCACUGCAUUCAUGCCCCUCAAACUUAGAGAGUUGUGGUGCUGGUGACAAAGGUGCCAGGGGUACUGCUGAUGCUUCAACUAGUUGUAAACUGGAGCUGUCCAGUCAGACUAGGACGCUGCCUCUGAUCGACACUAGUGUGUUAGAGGCUGCAAGAAAUCCUGGCAUAUACCUGUGUCACUGUAGCAUCUAUAGCGAGUCUGACACAGAGUAGGUGCUCAUUAAACAUUUAUUGAAUUAACCCAGAAUUUCCUGAACUAAAUCGAGUGCAUAACAGUAUUUGCUGUUAAGGCUAUCUUUUCUCUCCCGUCCUGCUCCCCCAGCUCUCCACACUCCCUCUCCAUUGUCAUCUGCAGGUUCGUUUGGUCACAGUUGGGGAGACACUGGCCUCCACAACACUGAGCUGCCCUUUGGCUAUAGUGGCGCAGUGGUUAACGAAUCCGACUAGGAACCAUGAGGUUGCGGGUUCGGUCCCUGCUCUUGCUCAGUGGGUUAACGAUCCGGCGUUGCCGUGAGCUGUGGUGUAGGUUGCAGACGCGGCUCGGAUCCCGCGUUGCUGUGGCUCUGGCGUAGGCCGGUGGCUACAGCUCCGAUUCAACCCCUAGCCUGGGAACCUCCAUAUGCCGCGGGAGCGGCCCAAGAAAUAGCAACAACAACAACAACAACAAAAAGACAGAAAGACAAAAAAAAAAAAAAAUCCUAUGUUCAGCGAAGCUUCGUAUUUUUAGCCCCUUUGGUGGAAACUAAUGAAAAGUUCCUCCAUUUAAAAGUUGCUUCUUGGUGAAAAGAACAAAUAUGAACUUCCAAGAAAAUAUUUGCUAUCAUAGAAAAUCUCCUGCGAGAGUAAGUAGCACAUAAAUUACGUAUUGCACCUGUAUCUGCCAUUGGCUCUGGUCACAAAGAUGGGUCUCAAAGGGCCACUUUAGAAUGUGGUAUUCUGAAAGACAUUUUCCUCCUGAUUACAUUUGGUAUCUUUCUGAAAUAUCAAGUAUUAUAUUUGAUAUCUGAUGACAUAUGUGAUCAGAUGCAAAGUUCCACACACGUAGCAUUUUGAUAAGAGUCUAUUUCUGUUCCCUAAGGGACAUGGUCUUUACUGCUGUCCCUGUUACUGCGAAUUCUUCUAUUGUAUUAUCUUUCACGAGUAAAACACUUAAAUCCUAAUUGUUGCCUUUUAUCAUUGAAAGAAGCAGAAAGGUGCAGUCGUUUAUUCCUUUAGCCUUUUUAAAAUAUUCCCUAUAAUCUAGCAAUAGUUUUUAGACUUAGUAUGAAAUGGAUCUUCUUCUUUUUAAUGUAAUUUUUCCUUUAAAUUAAAAAAAAAACACACUGAGAAUUUUAGGAAGGAAAACAUUAAUUCAGCUAAGAAAAAAGAUGAAUCAGGUGUUCCCAUUGUGGCUAAGCAUUAACGAACCUGACUAGUAUCCAUGAGGCCCCACUCAGUGGGUUAAGGAUCCAGCAUUGCCGUGAGCUGUGGUGUAGGUUGCAGACACAGUUCAGAUCUGGCGUUGCUGUGGCUGUGGCUGUAGGCCUGCAGCUGCAGCUCUGAUUUGACCCCUAGCCUGGGAACUUCCGUAUGCCACAGGUGCGGCCCUUAAAAGACAAAAAAAAAAAAAAAAAAAAAAAAAGAAAGAAAGAAAGAAAGAAAAGAGAAGAAAAAAAAAAAAAAAGGUGAAUCCCUGGACUGAGAUUGAGUCCUCCCUGGUUUCACUCCUGGUUACAUAACCUUGUUUAAGUCGCUUAUCUCUCUUGGAGCCCAGUUUCCUAACCUGUUAAGUAAUGAAGGGGUUAUUUAAAACGGUCUUUUAAUGUUCCAGCAGUUUUAUAAUUGUAUAAUUGAUCAAUGUAGAAGAUUAAGAAGUUCUAGGCAGCAGAGUUGUGUUGUGAUUUCAAAGAUUAAACCCUUGGUUAAAAAUCUGGACCAAAUAGAAAGUGCUCAUUAUUGUGCUCACUUUCUCAUAACAGCUUUGUUGCGAUAACUCACAUGCUGUAAGGUUCAUCCUUAAGUACGCAAUGAGUGGGUUUUGGUGUAUUCAUAGAGUCGUGCAACCAUAACAAGCUGAUUAUAAAAUAUUUCAUCACUCCAAAAAGAAAUCCUGUUCCCAUUAGCAAUCAGUCCUCAUUCCCUUCUCCCCUAGGCUCCUGGCAACCACUGAUCUGCUUUUGUUUCUGGGUCUAUUCAGGACAUUUAACAUACAAGGGAUCGUAUAAUAUUUGACCUUUGUGUCUGGCUUCUUUCACUUAGCAUAAUGUUUUCAGGGCUCGUCCAUGUUGUAACACAUACCAGUACUUCAUUUAUUAUCAAAAAAUAAUCCACUGUAUGGAUAUAUCACAUUUUGUUUAUCCAUUCAGUUAAUGGUCACUUUCAUUUUUUCCACUUUGGGGAUCUUAUGAAGAAUGCUGGUACGAGGGACAUCUGUGUACAGGGUUUUGUGAGGCCAUUCCUUUCUUAUUUCUCUUGGGGAUACACCUAGGAAUGGAAUUGUUGGGUCAUGUGGAAACUCUACGUUUAAUAUUUUGAAGAACUGCCAAGCUAUUUUCCAAAGUGACUCAACCAUUUCAUAAUCGUUAUGUUAAUUCAUAUCUUACCUAGGCUAUUAGGCUAGUUACACAUUCAAGCAUGCAUUCAUCCAUUUAUCACAUACUUACUGAGUGUUAGAUGUAGAGUAUACAAUUUUUAAAUGUAUCUUCCCACAAGCAUGAAGAGUCUACUGAGGGAGACAAACAUUUAUAGUGGUUUGGUAACUUCUGUGAUGGGAGAAUGCAAGAAUGGGGAUAGGGCAUGCUAGCCUCAUGCAGCAGAACUUGCAAAAGCAUGAACAUGGGAGCGAGCAUGAUUGCUCAGGCAACCCCAAGUGCUUUAGCUGGAGAUGGCGUGCAAGGAUGCAGGUGCUUUGGUGGGAUGUAAUGAGUGCAGUAAGAGGACCACAAAGGGAACGGCAGGCCCCAGGAGCCUUGGAGGAGGUAGCCUUUGAGCUGGACAUUGAAAGACGCGAAGGACUUUUGAGACCAGGAAAUCAGGUAGAAUAAACUAAAUAUUGAUCAGCUUUUAUAAGAGUGGAGGUGGGAUUGAGGAAAAGUAAUCAGUGAAAAAUAAAGAUCUAGAACUUAUGAGAACUCAAGAAUAGAAAAUGCAUUUUUGAAGUCCGAUCAAAAUAAUAAAGUCAGAUCAAAACAAACAAAAGUUCUCUGUUGUUCUUGUCCUGACUUGCCUGUGCCCUGAGAUGACUGGAUCCCAGGCCAUUGUGCUUUUUGCUUAUUAGUGAGGCCCUAGUGGUGACAAAUGAAUUUGAGGGCCACCUUUUAGAAAUUAAAAAGAUAUUCUCCUCCCAGUCCCAGAUUUUCUAACUAGCUAGAAAAUUAGGUACAAAAUGAAGUGAGAGAAAACUCACCGUUUUUGUUAUUGAGUUAUGAAAGUAUUAUUUAUCUCUGAAUAAUAUACUUUAAUUGUGUAAUGUUCCUUAGGCAACAAGAACUUGUGACUUUUCAUCCAUUUAACAAAUGUUACUGGAAGUCUACUCUCUUUCAAGCCAUCAGCAAGGCACUGAGUGACAUCCAGAAAUAAACAAAAAUCUGACCUAAGUGGGGUUUUUUUGGCGGGGGGGGGGGCUGACAUUUACCUAUUACAGUGAGAGAAGUACUAUAAUAGAUGAUAGAAAUGCUAUAAGGACAAGAAGCAAGUCCUAAUUAGUUCUUAGAGAGAGGGAAGCUAAUUGAGAUUAGUUGAUAUUCUGUCUAGCUGACCUAGAUAGCAUAAGCCUUAGAAAAUCACUUAUUAGGAUUUGUAAAAGUAGGAGGGAAAUAGCCCAACCCAGACAGCUAGAGCUUAGAUACUGCCAACCUACUUUUUUCUCUAAAGGUUAGGAAUAUUAAGAAGCCCUUAAUUUCUUUACCAAACUACAAGAAAAAAAGUUGUGUUUUAAUAUAUUCAAGAAAGUACAUUUUGCUGUAUGUCUAUAGAUCAGCUCCAGAAAAGCACUAAGCAUGAGUUAGCAAGAUACUUCAUCCUGAAUGUCAGGAGCUUACCUUGCCUAUUGAUGGAGGGUCAAAGAGCUAUGAUACAAUAUCUAUGGAUUUCCUCGUUUUCACUCUGUUAUGCUCUGUGUAGGCUCUUCUAGAACAGGUGUAUUUCUUUACCUUUUCUGUAUUCGCAGCGUCACAAUCUGUGCUAUCUUUAUUACAGCACUUGAUAAGUGGAAGCGUUGAUGGCUUUUUUAUGUGUCUUUUUCUACUGGUCUAGGACAAGUUUGCAUCUAGAGCACACAGUAGAUGUACAAUGUUUGUUGAAUGAUUGCAAGAAAGGAACAAUACAUGGAGGGCCACUAAAAACAAUGCAGUUCGGCUUACCUCUGUUUGAAUAUAAGACAUAAAAAAUACCUGACGACACUGUGGUGAUCAGCUAGUUGGCCUACACCUGUAGCCAAGAGAGAAAAAAAUGAAAAUAUGAGAGAAAAAUCUUAGUUGUACCAUGGUUCUCAGGAAGAAAUAAAUGGUUCCUCAGUUGAAAGAAUUUGUAUUUCUAUAAUGAAAUCGCUUUUUCAAAAGAGUUCUCAUCUAUGCAGCUUUGGGCUGGUUCUGCUUUUACACAAGCAGGAGACGAGGGGGAACCGGAACAAUAACGAGGAAGUCCAGCAACUUCAGCUGAAUUGGGAGCUGUGUAUCCCAUCUUACUGACAAAGACCAAGGAACAAGAAUGGGGAUGAGGAUCCUGCAGAACACUUCAAGCGCCAGGGGAAGCUCAGUGACAAUGUGGAAGCCCCCUGUGUUGGAUUUUGUCAAUAUUAGGUUAAAAGUUCACUGCUCAUGAGUCGAUCAAGAUGCUCGGGUGGGACAGUGGAGCUGACUUCCUCCCACAAACAUAUCAAAAACUCAUCUACGUAUGGAACAAUUCUCACCAAAAACUAACUGGAAACUGGCAGAGAGGCCCCUGUACAACCAAGUCUGAAAGAAAGACCCAUGGGGAAUUGGAUUGGAAGGAAAGAGAAGGGAUCAGAUCAGGACCUGUGCCCCUGGGAGGACACUCAGGGGAAAGGGGGAGAAUACAGAGACAGAGAUUCCCCCCGGGGGGUGAGCAGAUGGAGGCACAUAUUGGGCACCUAGAGCUCCCUGGCUGGUUGGAGGGCUGAUGGGACUAUCAGGAUUGUGUGAAGCCUGGACUCUGCUUGGAAGGACCAUGUGUUCUUGCUUACUCCCCAAACCGAGUGGAGAGAGUGACUGAAACAGUGCAAGUGGCUGACUCGUUUCCCACAACUGCCCUGGCGGGCACCCAGCUUGAGUGAGCAAAUGCUCCGGCCCCACUUCACAUCGCAGCUCCACACUAGAGCAAGGGCUGCUAUAACCAAGGAAAGAGCUCAGCCUUGAGACACAGAGGCAGCUCAGACUGGAGGCAGCAUCUGAGUGGGACCCUUGCACAGGCAGCAUAUCAGAAGCAGCCCUGAAAUCUGUCAGCAUCUGGCCAGCCACAGCUCGUGCCCUGACACACACCCAGGGCACACAUGGCCCUGCCUGCUCUGCAGGGCAGCCCCGCAUUAGGGUGGGGUGGCAGAGACCGAGGGGAAGCAUCAAUUAUAAGGGACGAAGGAGACUCAGACCUGAGAUGGUGUCAAGCAGAGCAGGGCUAACCAUUACUGGUGCUUGUACAGUAAUGCUUGCACAUCCGAAAUAGCCCUGACCUCUGUCUAUAGCUGGGCUAUCACAGUUUGAGCCUGUCACACGUAGAGAGCCUGCAUGGGCCCCUCUUGCUCCAGUUCUGCUCUGCUCUGCGGCAAGAGUGCCAGCGCUGGAAGGGGGAGAGUUCACAUUUAAGGGGAAUAGAGCCAGCUUGGACUUGACCCUCAGGGCUCCUGCCCUAGCAACUUGGGACCUGGUGCUGCCCCAAGUACAGUGUUGAUGGCUGCUGAACAGAGGGAGAGCCCCAGCUUACACUUGGCUUCAGCACUAGCUCCUCCUCCUCCAGUCCCACCUGCUAUUAAGGUGAUAGCUGCCGGCACACCCUAGAGAAAGAUGUGACUUGUGUUCAUGUCAAAUCCAGCUGUCCCACCAAAGCCACUGGGGAUACUACAAAGCUGGAGGUAUCAUGCUUCUUGAUUUCAAACUACUAUAAAACUACAGGAAUUAAAAUAGCAUGCACAAAAACAGACACAUAGAUCAAUGGAACAGAAUAGAGAGCCCAGAAGUAGACAAACACACAUGGACAAUCUAUGACAAAGGAAACAAGAAUAUGGAAUAAAGACUGUCUCUUCAAUAAAAAGUGCUGGGAAAACUAGACAGCUACAGCUACAUGUAAAAGAAUGAGAUUAGAACAUUCCCUCAUGCUAUAUACAAAAUAAACUCAAAUCGGAUUAAAGACCUAAAAAGACCUGAAAUCAUAAAACUCCUAGCAGAGAACAUAGGCAGAACACCCUUUAACAUAAAUCGUAGCAGUAAUUGUUUGGAUCUGUUUCCAAAGGCAAAAGAAGUAAAGGCAAAAAUAAAUGGGACCUCAUUAAACUUAAAAGCUCUUGCACAGCAAAGGAAACUAUCCAUAAAAGAAAAAGACAGCCUACUUACUGAAUAGAAAAUACUUGCGAAUGUCUGAUAAGGGGGCGAUAUCCGAUAUACAUAUAAACAACUCAUAGAGCUCAACAUAAAAAAAAAAUAAAUGUGCAGAAGACCUGAAUAGACAUUUUUUUCAGAGAGGCCGCACCGAUAGCUAACAGGCACAGAAAAAUACCCUCAGCAUGCUGAUCAUCUGGGAAAUGCAAAUCAGAGCCACAGUGAGAUACCAUCUCACACCUGUCAGAAGGGCUAUCAUCAAAAAGUCUAUGAAAAAAGAAUCUUGGCGAGGGUGUGGAGAAAAGGGAACGAACCCCUGUGCUCUGUCGGUGGGGAUGUAAACUGGUGCAACCACUGUGGAAACAGUAUGGAGGGAUCUCAAAAACCCUAAAAAAAGCACUAUCAUAUGAUUCAGCAAUUUUACGCCUGCAUAUGUCCACAGAAGACCAAACACUACUUUGAAAAGAUAUAUGCAUCUCAGUGUUCACAGCAGCAUUAUUUCCAAUAGACAAGAUAUGGAAACAACCUAAAUGUCUGUCGACUGAUGAAUGAAUAGUAGACUACAAUGGAAUAUUAGUCAUAAAAAAGAAUGACAUUCUGCCAUUUGCACCCGAGUGGAUGGACCUCAGGAGCAGCAUACUUAGUGAAGUAAGUCAGAGAAAGAAAAACGUUCUAUGUUAUCACUCAUAUGUGGAAUCUAAAAAAUAAAGGAAUGUAUGUAACAAAACAAAUACAGAGAACAAACUAGUGGUUACCAGUGGGAAUGGAGAGGGCCAGACAGAGGUAGGAGAUCAAGAGGUGCAACGACUAUGUAUAAAAUAGAUAAGCAACAAGGAUACACUGUACAACACGGGGUUAAAGCCACUGUUUUGUAUAAUCCAUAAAAAUCUUGAAUUGCUGUGUUGUACACCUGAUACGAAGAGAAUAUUGUAAAUCGACUAUACUUCAAUAUAAAUAGAGUUUACUGCUGUUUGAAAAAAUAGAGUACUCCUAUAUUAAGAUAAAAGAGGCCUCAUAAUAUGAUGACCUGCCUGCCUUGUGUUUGUCUGUUACUUGGCUAACCAGUAACAUACAGUGUUCAGGUGACUAUCCAGCUGCUGAACUGCUACUGCAAGGGGCGAUACGUAUAGGGUUAGGCACUGGGCCAAGGAAGCAGUUGCCUGUGAUGAUUUUGCGCACCUUAUAUUCCAGCGGAGUUGAAAUUCUUUCCAUGAGAUGCAAAUUCCUUUGCUCCCAAGAAGAGCCUUACAUACAUCAUGAGUCAAAGAAAGUCACUGCAAAAAUACACAAAGCACAGAAGAAGACAGCAAGAAAGGAAUAGAGGGGAAAAUUAACUAUGAAACAGAAAACCAAAAAAAAAAAAUUGGCAAAAGUAAAUCCUUUCCUAUCAAUGAUUACCUUAAAUGUAAAUGAAUUAAACUUUCCAAUCAAAAGGCAUAAAGUGGCUGAAUGAAUAAGAAAGCAAGAUCCAACUAUAUGCCACCUACAAGAGAUUCACUUUAUAUUGAGGACACACAGGCUAAAAGUGAAGGAAUGGAAAAACACUAUUGCAUGCAAAUAUUAAACAAGAGUGCAUAGAGGCCUGUGUUCAUAUCAGAAAAAGUAGACUUUAAAUCUAUCACAAGCAUUACUACACUUCUGUUGCAGUAUAAGUUUACAGAAGCUUAGCUUUCUGAGUUAAUAUAAUUCAGAAACAAAGUGAGAGAAAAUCUUUAAUACCUUGAACACAUAAUAGAGUUUAGAAUAAGUAUGUCCUAUUAGAGGCUUCCUUUUAUCAGUGAACCCAUUCUUCACUGGAGUUUUUGUUUGUGUGUUUGGUUUUUUUUUUUUUUUUGUAAAAUUGAUGAUAUAUGCAAACAAAAUAUUGAAGAAGGAUUUAUGUACAUAUGUCUUCAGAAAGUUCUAUUUCCGGAGAUUGACAACAAUAUUACAUGGUAGAAAAAGCACUUUUUCACAACUUUUCUGAACCUCACUUUUUUAACCUCUGAAAUCAAAUAUUAAUAAACAUCGCCCUCCAUUCCUCAUAGAAGUAUUAGAAUUAAGUAGGAAAAUAAAUGUGGACAUUCUUUGACAUAUGACACUAUUCUAAUUACUUUUUGAAGUGAUCUGGAAGAAGAAAUUUGCGACUUGUAAAAUACUCCAUCUGGCAGAAUAGCAAUAUUGUUGGUUGUAGAGGGUUUUUGUUUGUUUGUUUUGGCUUUUUUUUUUUUUUUUUUGUCUUUUUGCCAUUUCUUGGGCCACUCCCGCGGCAUAUGGAGAUUCCCAGGCUAGGGGUCUAAUCGGAGCUGUAGCUGCCAGCCUAUGCCAGAGCCACAGCAACGCGGGAUCUGAGCCCCGUCUGUGACCUACACCACAGCUCACAGCAACGCCAGAUCGUUAACCCACUGAGCAAGGGCAGGGAUUGAACCCGCAACCUCAUGAUUCCCAGUCAGAUUCAUUAACCACUGCGCCACAGCAGGAACUCCUGUUUUGGCUUUUUAAGGCUGCACCUGCGGCAUAUGGAGGUUCCCAGGUUAGGGGUCAAAUCGGAGGUACAACUGCAGGCCUACACCACAGCCACAGCAAUGAAGGAUCCGAGCUGCAUCUGAGCCCUACACCACAGCUCACUGCAGUGCCAGAUCCUUAACCCAUUGAGUGAGGUCAGGGAUUGAACCCACAAUCUCAUGGUUCCUAGUCAGAUUCAUUUCCACUGCGCCACUACGGGAACUCUGUGUUGGUUGUAGAGUUGAACAGACCUUUCUUUCUCUGUGUUCCCUUGGCUCUGUGUUAAUGUUUCUGAACUUGUUUUCUCACUUGUAAAAUGGAAGAUAUUUUCAUAGGGUUUUUGUGAUCAUUUGAAAAGUUAAUGCAAUUUAAAUGAACACAUAUCAUUUGGUCUAGCUAUUCUAUUCCUAUUAUUUAUCCAAAAGAAAUGAAAUCAUGCAUCCAAAGACAUGUAUACAAAUGUCAUACCAGUGUUAUUUGUAAUAGCCAAAAUUAGCAGUAGCCCAAAUGUCCAUCAACUUGUGAGUAGGUAAACAAAUUGUGGUAUAUCCAUUCAAUGGAAUACUACUCAGCAAUAUAAAGGAAUAAUGUUGAUAAUGUUGAUACGUGUUAUAAUGUAGGUGAAUUUCAUCAUAAUUAUGCUGAGUGAAGCCAGUCAAAAAUAGAGUACAUACUGUAUGAUACUAUUUAUGUAAAACUUCAGAAAUUGCAAUCUGAAGUAUUAUAAUAGAAAGAAGAUCUGUGGUUGUGAGGGAUGGGGUGAGAGGUGUGGAGAGGAAGAAGGGUGGGAUUGAAAAAGGUGGUAAAGAUUCUUUUAAUGGCACUGGGUAUGUUCAUUAUCUUGAUUGAGGUGAGGAUUUCCCAGGUGAACAUAUGUCAAAAUUCAUCAAAUUGUAUAAUUUAAAUAUUUAAAGUUUGUUGUGUGUCAAUUAUAUUUCAAUUGAGCUGUUGAAAAUAAAGACAAUAAAAUAUAGUAGAGAAAAGCAUUAAUUCAUGUGGAACACCUCACACAGUGCAUGAUGCUUAAUAAAGCAAAACUGUAAUAACUAAAAUUCCAAGUCAUUAUAAUAAGUAGUGUUCUGAAAGAUCCUGAGGAUCUGAUAAGGGGAAAAUGAGAUAAAUGUAACAAUUUUCAAAAUUACUUUAAGACAUGAGACUAAAUUACUCUGAUUUCUUUGAUAUGGCUCUGAAAAUGACUGGUUAUUUAAUUUAUGUAAGUUGUAUAGUAUUAUGAGAAAAGUCUUCUAUACCUGGGUUUGUAUUCUGUAUCGUGGUGCUAUCUGAAGAUAUUAGACCUUACUUUUUGUUUAUAAAAUGGGAAUGAUAUCUACCUAGGAUGGUUACUGUGAAGCAUGUAUUAGGUAAGUGAUGCUGAGUGACGAGCAUUGUACCCGACAUACAGUAGAGGCUUCAAAUUGGUUUAAUACCUUUUCCCUUUCAUUAGCUUCAUCAUUUUGUGCCUAAAUCUACCCAGGCAUGGACAGCUCCCUUAUCAUCCAUUAUUUCUUUUAUUUAAAAUUCUGUUAACCUUGCAGAUAGACGUUUUACAUAGAUUUCACAAGUGAAACUAAACACAUGACUUUAGUCUUUGGGAAUAUUUUCCGCUUAAACUUUAUAUGUGACUUCUCUUAUUUUUUAAGGUAUUAUUUUUUAAAUAAAAAUAAAUUUAGUUUGAGGGUGUGUCCUGUAAACAAGUUUUGAUCCUAGGAAGUUUAUUUCAUCCUUUGUUUAUUGUGGAUUUAGCACAAUUAUGUUUUGUAAAUUAACCAUAUUCUUUGAUUUAGGGGGAUAUUAGAGGUAGAAGUUAGAGUAAAUUACCCCAAUUCAAUAGAAAAAACCCUGGAUCGUCUUAGCCAGAUGAACAUCCCUGUAGGUCCCAAGCAUUUGUAAUGAAUAUGAUUGAGCAAUCAUCUUUUUCUGAAAACCCUCCUGUAUGACACUAGUCACAGAAGUAUAUGUAUGUGUGUGUGUGUGUGUGUGCAUGCACUUCCAUACAUACCCACAUGCACACAAAACAUUUUUAAGUAGACCCAUCUCAAGUUCACCAGGUGAUUCUUUAGAGGUUUUAAAUUAAAAAAAUUAAUUAUAAAGAUUUCCUUUAGUGCUAUCAACCUAAAAUACAAAUAAAAUAAAAAUUAAAAUGUAUUUGUAUAUUUUUGGAAAUUGUUGACCAGUGAGUGUUAUAUUUUAGCUAUUGCAUCUUAUAAUAUGCAUAUGAAUUAUUCUCUGUUCAAAAAAAAUAGCCUAGUGGUUAAAUACAUAGCCUCUGGAGCCACACUGCUAGAUUCCAAUCCUACUUCAACCAUUUAAUAACUGUGUGACCUUACACAAAAUUACCUGAUUCCUUUGUGUCUCGGUUUUCUCAUCUGUAAAAUGAAGAUACUAAUCUCAUGAGGUCAUUAUGAAUGUUAAAUCAGUUAACAAACAAUGCCUUGCACAGGGUAAGGGCUCUAUCAAUGGUAUUAUUUGCUACUGUUUUUAUUGUUCCUGAUGUGUACCUGACUGAUUAUCAAUUGGACUCCUCUGAAACAUGUAUAUUUUCUGAAACGAUGAUUUAGUAUAGCUGCCUUUCCCCCCGUUUGUAAUAAUAUUCUGUUGCUAAAUAAAAAAUUGUAUUUAAAAGGA